AUGGAUGCAACAGGGUCAGAGGGGUAUGGCUGGGUGAGGGCACUGGCCUACAGGCUGUGGACAGCCAUCAGCAGGGCACUGUUUGCAGAGUUCCUGGCCACCGGGCUAUAUGUGUUCUUUGUCGUGGGCUCGGCCAUGCGCUGGCCCUCGGCCCUUCCCUCUGUGCUGCAGAUCGCCAUCACCUGCAACCUGGCCACAGCCACGGCUGUGCAGGUCACCUGGAAGGCCAGUGGGGCCCAUGCCAACCCUGCCGUGACGCUGGCCUUCCUCGUGGGCUCCCACAUCUCUCUGCCCCGCGCUGUGGCCUAUGUGGCUGCCCAGCUGGCGGGGGCCACCGUGGGGGCUGCUCUGCUCUAUGGGGUCAUGCCAGGAGACAUCCGAGAGACCCUUGGGGUCAACGUGGUCCGCAACAGCGUCUCCAUUGGCCAGGCGGUGGCAGUGGAGCUGGUUCUGACUCUGCAGAUGGUACUCUGUGUCUUUGCUUCCACCGACAGCCGCCAGAUAUUGGGCUCCCCAGCCAUCCUGAUUGGGGCCUCUGUGGCACUGGGCCACCUCAUUGGGAUCUACUUCACCGGCUGCUCCAUGAACCCAGCCCGCUCCUUCGGUCCUGCCGUGGUCAUUGGAAAGUUCACAGUCCACUGGGUCUUCUGGGUGGGACCCCUGACAGGAGCCAUCCUGGCUUCACUGAUCUACAAUUUCGUCCUGUUCCCGGACACCAAGACCCUGGCCCAGCGACUGGCUAUCCUCACAGGCACCACAGAGGUGGAGACGGUGGUAGGAGGGGAGCCCCAGAAGGAAUCCCAGUCCAGUUCACCUGACAUCGAAAUGGAGAGUGGGUGUGAAAUGGCCUAG